AUGGCUAUUCAAGGUUCUGUCAAUGUAAACCGUCAAUUCAUGUUCAGGCAGCGUCUCAGCAAAUGGUCAGUCUACAAGUUGAGCAGGUUCGAUGUAACGCGCAGCAACCCCAAUUUCCAGAUGUUAGAUGCCUAUUUCCCCAUUUGGUUUAAUAAUGGAACCUCUUUAGUCAAGAAAUCAACAUUUAUUAGGUCCGUACCUAUUGAACAUUUCAGAUUCCUAAUCUGGUCUGAAGUAUAA